AUGGGUUGCGGUAGUGUGGGAAUGGUAUGUAAUUUGAGAUGUACUAAGGUGUUGAUUGCAGUUUUUACAUUUGUAGCGUCGUUUUUGCCAUUGUUUUUCUUUCUGGUGUAUCAUUUUAGCUUUUACUACUCUAGAAAUUUGGUUGUUUUGUAUGUGAUCUUGGCGAUUUUGGGGUUGUGUUCAGUGGGUUUGUUCUUUGCCACGUCUUUUUCUAAUCCAGGCUAUGUCAAAAAACUAGAUUUUCCCACUCGAAUGUUCGAUCACCUAAAAUUCUCAUUCAGAGGCACUAAUCCACCACGUUUUGUUGACAUGAUGAUCAAUGGACAGCCAACUAAGGUUAAGUUUUGCCCAACUUGCCACUCUUAUAGGCCUCCUAGGUCAGUUCACUGUUCAGAUUGUGACCGUUGUAUUGUUCGUUUUGACCACCACUGUCCUUAUGUAGCAAAUUGCAUCGGAUACUAUAACUACAAGAUAUUCCUGUCUUUUCUUUUAGUUUCUUCUCUCUACUUUUCGCUUAUUUUUUCGCUGUUUAUUUACCGUUCUGUUGAGUUUUUUCCCUCGUUAUCGUCAAGUGUUAGUCAGAACCCUACUGACAUCAUAGGCACAAUUAUAUUUAUGAUCAUAACUUUCAUUAGCAUCUGGCUAGUUUUUGGUCUUUACUUCUUCCACAUGUUCAUUAUUCGAAGCAAUUUGAGCACCUACGACAAGCUCAAGGAACACUUUGACGAGUUCAACCCAUUUGACCGAGGCACCCUCAACAACUGUAAAACUGUACUCCUUUAUAAUCCGAAGAAACAUACUAACCCAAAUCAAGACAUUUACAAUCCAUACGCCAUGUACACUCUCAAGGUACACGCCAAAUCACUCGAUAAAACAUUGUCUUUUUAA